CAACGGGCAGGCACGAUGCGCAUCGUCACGCUGGACACUUAUAUAGAAAGCCCCCGCACCUCAUGUAUACGAAUUUACUUCUGACUCUAAUGAAUAAACCCAUCGCAAGAUGCACUGGUGUCGGAAAAAGAGCAAAAAGGCCGCGGCAGCCUUAGCCGCAUCACAGCCAGCCCAGCCAGCCCAGUCAGCCCCUGGACCAACACCAUCGCAACCAACACCUCGACUUCCUCAAUUCUCCCAACCAGCCCCUCAACAACUCCAGCCAACAGAACCUGCACCUCGACCUGCAACACAGUCCCCUCAGCCACCACCAUAUAAAGCGCCAUCUCCAGCAGUCAGCGUACCUCUUGGACUAGAUGCUUCACAGAAUGAGGAGAUCACGGCUAUUUGGAUCCAGGUUGAAGACCGAGUGAGAAAGCUUGCGUACCAACAGGGGAAACACGUCAACCCUGCACUCGGAAUCAACGAUGUUCUUGCAAAUUUGAAUGCGGCCCAGCAGCCCGACAAACAAGAUUCAGAGACAUCGAAGAUCAUCAAACAAAGCUUUAGCAGGACCCUUGGACUGAUCAAGACCGUCGGAGGAAUUAUUACUGAUGGAGCGUCUCAGGUGUUUGCCCCGGCCGGACAAUGCUAUAAUGUCAUCAGUUUCGUGAUCAACGCCUUCGAGAAUUGUGAAAGCGUUUUCGAAGAUUUGGCCCAGCUUCUCGAUAAAUGCGCGGAUCACCUGGAUCGUCUCGGUCAUUAUAUGAAAGGUGGAAUGGAUACAAAAUUGACAAAGGUCGCCUACCAACAUCUGCAGCUAUUUGUGGCAAUCUGUGAGCGGACAUUGAAGCUACGAGACUCGCGAUGGGCAACGUUCAAGACAUUCAUGAAAAUAUCUUUUCUUGCCGAGAAUGACAUCCAAGACCUGUUGGGAAAGAUGGAAAGUCUGGUAGAUAAAGAGGGACGACUUGUGGCGGCACAGACAUUCAAUUUUGCAUCGGAGGCGGCGGCCAAUUCGAAAGCGAACUUGACCAUCAGCCACCAGAUGCACAGCAAGCUGGAUACAUUGAUCGAGGGCAGAGUUGAUCAGAAGGAAAGCCUGGAGGCAGAGAAGGACAAAAAGACACUUUUGAACUCUCUCGCCUUUGACCAGAAUCCUGAUAAUUGGGACAACACAAAACAGGAACCAAGGCCCUUUUGGCUGACCACAUAUAACAACUUUCGCAAGUUCGUUGUUCCAGGAACGGGUGAAUGGCUUUUAUCUAGUCCCACGUUCCAUUCGUGGGCAACGCAGCCAAAAACCCCGUCAAUACUAGGUAUCUUGGGUACAGAGGCCUCGGGCAAGAGUUAUUUGACCUCGAGUGUCAUUCGCUAUCUCCGACAACAUCACUUCUCGGAGCACUCCAACGCAAGGCACCUGGUCGCUUUUUACUUCCUGAAUAGACAAAAGACAGAGGAUAGAGUUGACACCAUUGCCAAAUCACUUGUGUGGCAAUUUGCAGAUAACGACGCAUCGUAUAUGCAGUCAGCAGCUCAUAUUUGCGAGAAGACCAGUGUUCUCGACCCAGAGGAGAUUCUACCCCGACUGCUACUUGAUAAUAAAACGCUGUCAAGGAUUGAUGCUAGAUUUUAUAUUGUCAUCGAUGGACUCAAAGAUACAGUGGACGAUGGUCUAAUUCGAUUUCUUCGAAAGGUGUCGGACAGUCAAAGCCAAGCCGUCCGUGUUUUUCUCACUGGUACGCCCUUAUCCUUUCAACAACUUGCAGGGAAAGGUAUCUCUUCUCGCACAAUCCCAAUAACAUCGAAGAACGCCGAUGACAUUAAGAAAUUGAUUGACUCUCGGAUGGAUAAAAUCGAGGCUCUUUCGGACAGCAAGCGGGUUGGAGUGGCUGAGCUGCGGAGGAAAAUACAAGACACCCUUUACAAGAAAGCAGCAGGUGACUAUUUCAAGAUAGAUUUGGCAUUGAACCAGAUCAGCACAUUGGACUAUGUGAAAGAUAUCGAUCGAGUUCUCGAGGGCGCAGGCAAAGAGCGAUCACAACAGAUCCGAGAAGAGAUACAGAAUUUGAACGAGACCAGGACGCCCAGGCAACUCGAAGAAAUAAAUGAGAUUGUUUUGUGGCUUACCUUUGCGGCAGAGCGUAUCCGAUCGGAGCAAAUGGCAGCUGUCUUGUACAUGAAAAGUCAUGAAGCGCCCCUGCGUUCUUUGGAGGCUAUGUUCAGGACAAAGUACUUACUGUUCAUGAUCGACCGUGAUGGAUAUGUCGAUUUCAAAUCAUCCAAGGCUUUGAGGGUCAUUCCAUUGAGAAGCCAACUGAAUGCAACCGCCGCGAAUAAUGACCAAGCAAUACAACCCGGAGAAAUUCAGAUCGUCCAACAUUUCCUCAAUACCGUCUGCCCUCCAGCAUUGUAUCAAAAGCUUGAGUUUGAGCAGUAUCUCAACCAAAAGCUGAGCCCCAGAAAAGAUCAGAUCCAACAAGAAGACAAGGAUACUGCCCACCUCAAGCUUGCAUUGAUUUGUUUGCGAGUCUUGACAGAAGGGGGGGAUGCAAUGCUUACAGUAUUGCAAGGAUAUGCACUCCGCUAUCUUGUACACCAUUUGUUGUCGGUUGAUCUGGCUUUGGUGGAUCGUGAAUGGAAAAGCAAAACUGGACCUAAUCUGGCGAAGCUGUUUACCGAUGAAAGGUCAAUCGAUAUUUUAAUGUGGUCUAACAGCGUCGGAUCUCUGGCGAGCCCCCGAGCACGCACAAUUUGGCUGGACGAAGAGUACAACGUCGAUGAGAUUCUGAGAUGGAUGAAGGACUCUGCAGUUAUCUCAGACAUUCAAAACCAAGCUGUCAGAGCCUGGGUUGCCGAUUUGGCAUCUGGCAGCCUCAACUCAACCGAAGUCUUGCUGAAACCCUCUGCGAUGAGAAUGGCAGUCCACUGUUUCAGGGAACCGUCAUCACAGACAGUGACCAUGGCUGCAUUCCAGUUUAUUCUUGCAUUUAUUCUUAGAAUUCAAUUAAAAAAAGACUACUUUGUGGCACAAGGCACAAUCACCAGACCCUCUCCUGAACAGAUCAGCCAAGUCGAAUCGUGGUCGCAAGCCGCACUUAAUAUAACCGAGAAGGAUGCACUUUGGGAGGUGCAGAUGGCUAUAAUCUUUGCGGAUACCGGUAGAAGGGGCGAAGCUGAAAGAAGAUGUCGCCAUGCCUUGCAGCUCGAUGGUCUCAAUUGGCGGGCCUCGCAUGUCCUGGGAAACACGGUAGCAUCGAAUGAAGAGGCAAUUAAUAUCAUGAUGGUCCUCGUUAAUCGCCUCCGAAAGGACUCGAGUUGGAUGGAGGAUCCUACCUAUCGGAAAGUCCUUGCCCAGAUGACCUUCGAUUUAGGAAAUAGAUACUGGGCGAUGGAUAAAUUUGAUGCUGCCACUCAAACAUUCUCCCAGUCGAUCCAAGAGGAUCCCACCAAUUAUAUGCGGACAUAUGAUAUUUUCUUGCUUUAUCAGUCCAACAAACGGUGGUCCAACAUUGCUGAGCUCAUAGGGCUGAUUGGAUCUAUUGAAAAAUGCCAUCUCUCAAUCAUGGCCAUUCGGCUGGCCGACCAGGUGCAAUUUCAUGAGAUCCUCCUGCAGACCGCCAUCAAAACCGAGAAAUUUAACGUUCUAAGCGAUGUGUACAAGAAUGCGAUUGAAUCCGCUUCAGGGGCCCAGGAGUAUACCGCCGUAUUCUUCAUUCGGCUGUAUUAUGCCUUGGCACUCUACCAGAUUCCCAAUCGCCGGGAAGAUAAAGUUAUUGGACUAUGGGAAACGGCUUUGAAAGAAGAUCUUCCCCGAUCCGAUCUGGAUAUGGACACUUGCCUUCACCUUGUGGUGGGCAAGCUAGGAGCUGCGUAUCUCCACAAUGCACGAGAAGCAAAAUCAGCCGGAGACCCUGAGGUAGCGAUGGAAUUCCUCGGGAAAAUAUCUGAUAUGCUUCCGGAAGAAGUACCCGCAUGGCAGUUGCUCUUACCACCACAGUUGUUUACUGCUAGAUAUCAUUACCUUGAAGGCGACGAAACCCAAGCCCGAUAUCAUGUUCGAAAUACUGUGCAGGUAGCUCUUGAAAUUCUCUCAGAUGAUGAUGAGGGUAAUGAUCUCGCGGCUUACUGGAGAUUUUUGGGAGCUUUCCUGCCUUUUGACGAUGACAAGAAUGUAUUGACCGCGCUCUCGAUGAUCACCAUCAACCAUCGCUUUCAGGAGAACGAGAAUAAGGAGCCCGAAUACUCGAUGUCUUUUGACUGUGACGGCCACUGCGGACAUGUCUGGAACCCCCCGAGCGAGAUGUGGCUAUGCAAAGAUUGUAUUGGUGUAACCUUGGAUCGUAAGUGUUACGAUAAGUUGCGAAACGGGUCUUUCCGCUACAAUAUUUGCGCCUCUCAACAUGAAUUUGUGUUUAUACCAAAGUGGGACGAGGAGAGAAUCAAGAACCUGCCUCGGGGAUAUGUGCCUUGGGGAGAGAAGAACAUUAGCCUUGGGGAUUGGCAGCGGGAAAUUAAGAAGAAGUAUGUUGAUAUCGAUGGCUAAAAAAUGCUUGUAGUAUAAUAGUGGGAUUUCUGUUUUAUAUUUUUGUUGUGUUUAAUCUUGCGGC